UUUUUGACACCAAGUGAUCAGCGUGUCUCCUUUGAAAUGAAAUCCUUUGUGGCGAUAACCUGCCUACUUGCUCUGUCGGCGUCUUGCAACGCUGAUGGACUGGGGGGGCUUGUUUAUGCACCGGGACAUUCGUCUCUAGAAUACUACUCGUACCCCAAAUAUGCUUUCGAAUAUGCAGUCCGGGAUCCGCACACCGGCGAUAACAAAGCGCAAUGGGAGAAACGAGACGGAGACGUAGUAAUUGGUGCAUAUUCACUAGUGGAGCCCGAUGGCAGUUUGCGUGUAGUGGAGUAUAAAGCUGACGACAAGAGCGGUUUCAAUGCGAUCGUGAAGCGCAUCGGACCCAACCUGCACCCGGUCGCACCAGCCCCAGUUUCUAUCUACAAAGCACCUUUACCAGUUCUUGGUUAUAAGACAGACAUACCGAUCUCUGUUGGACCAGUUACUGGAAUAGACAAGCUCGCUAGUGCUCCGCUCCUAACUGGAUCGUACCUUGGCGGUGGUGCUAUUUCUUCCGCGUCCGUCUAUAAGAGUCCAUCUCCUGUAAUUGUGAAAGAAGUAGCUCCAAUUUCUCCAGUCAUUCAAUCUCCAAUAAUUUCCGAACCAAUUGUCAAAGCUCCAAUAUACUCCGCACCUCUAUACGAGCCGUCUCUACUCCAGGCACCAAUUCUUAAGAAGCCUCUAUUUCUACCCGAACCUAUAUAUCCAACAUAUUCUUCGCUGAAGUAUCCUCUCCCAGAAAAUAAACCGUUAGGCAAUGCUGGACUGGAAUAUGCUGGACUUUAUGACAUAGGUCUUUUGGGCAAAGGGCUCUUGAAUGAAAAAUAUAAUUUAGACUACAAAGGAUAUGGUGGAAUUGGAUUAGAUUAUAAAGGUUACGGAGAUUACGCUGACCUUGGAUUGGGAUACAAAGGAGGAUACGGUCGUCGUUAAUUGAAAAUAAAAUGUUACAUUGGAUUUACGUAAAAAUUAUAUUGAUGAAAAAAAUAUGCCGCUAUCUAUAAUACUUGGAUAUGUAUGCGACUUUAGUGCAAUGUUAUUUGCACUGUCUGAUAGUUGUUGAUAUAUAAAAUGUAUAAAUAUUAAUUAUUAAUUUAUGACAUAGGUUAGUCGAACAUUGUAUCAACAAAAAUAAAGCAAUCGCCACUGUGUGGCAAUUUAAA